GCAAAAUAUUAAUUGGAAAAAAAAUUAUUUUUAUAUGUCUUAUAUAAAUAACAUUAAAAUGCGUAGAUGGCUGUUGAGUUGCGUUCAAAUUCGUUCAGAUGUAUGAGACCUUCAUGGCUACCGUAAGCAUCUUAUAGUAAUCUUAGGUUAUGUUCUGUGCGUCGAGAGAAAAAAAGACAAAUCAACGUUUAUGUUGUCGUAUCGUUUGAUUUAAUUUUUUUAAAGAAAUAUACGGUAUUAUAACUCACUAAAAUGUCAGGAGGAAUGUUAUACGGAGGAGAUGAAAUUGGAGCCUUAGUAUUUGACUUAGGACAUCAUUCUUUGCGAGUUGGAUAUGCUCAGGAGGAUACGCCAAAGGCUGAAAUACCAGCAGUGGUAGGUAUAGGAGAAGAUGCAAAUAGUACAGCUACCAAAACCGAACCUAUGGACAUUGAUGAUAAAAAACCAGAUAGCAAUAUUACACAAUCAGGGACCAAAUAUUACAUCGACACAACGAUUCUUCAUGUCCCACGUAAAAAUAUGGAAGUUGUAAGCUAUAUGAAGGAUGGUAUGAUCGAGGAUUGGGAUCAUUUUGAAAAAGUAUUGGAUUAUACAUACUCUAAGGUUAUUCAAUCCGAUGCAGAAUAUCAUCCGGUAUUAUUUUCUGAAUCUCCAUGGAAUGUGCGUAGUAAAAGAGAAAAAUUAACUGAAUUAAUGUUUGAAAAAUAUAAUGUACCAGCAUAUUUUCUUGUAAAAAAUGCUGUACUAGCUGCAUUUGCAAAUGGCAGAGCAACUGGUAUCGUUGUUGAUAGUGGUGCAACUCAUACUUCUGCUGUACCUGUUCAAGAUGGUUUUGUAUUAACGCAAGCUAUUGUAAAAUCUCCUCUUGGCGGAGAUUAUAUAAGUAUGCAAUGUAGACAAUUUUUGCAGGACAAUGACAUUGAUUUGUCACCCUCUUACAUGGUGGGCAGUAAAGAAGUAGUAAAAGAUCAUGAUAAACCACGAUGGGUGAAAAAGAAGGGCUUACCUGAAGUUACUAAAUCCUGGCAUAAUUACAUGGUAAAGAAACUUAUUCAGGAUUUUCAAGCUACUGUAUUACAAGUUUCAGAAACACCGUACGAUGAAAAAAUAGUCUCUACAAUACCCUCUGUACAAUACGAAUUUCCCACUGGUUAUCAUCAGGAUUUUGGAAGUGAACGAUUCCGCAUACCAGAAGCAUUAUUUGAUCCUAGUAUGGUUCAAAUGCGUGGUGGAAUGGUUGGCAAUACUAUGUUAGGUGUAGGUCAUAUUGUUACAACUAGUGUUGGCAUGUGCGAUGUAGAUGUAAGACCAGCACUUUACGGUAGUGUAGUUGUUACUGGUGGUAAUUCAUUUAUACAGGGUUUCCCCGAGCGUCUUAAUAGAGAUCUAUCUAUGAGAAUACCAUCCAGUAUGAGAUUGAAAUUAAUAAGUGCAAAUGGUUGUGCAGAACGAAGAUUUGGAGCUUGGAUUGGAGGUUCAAUAUUAGCUUCGAUAGGUACGUUUCAACAAAUGUGGAUAUCCAGUCAAGAAUAUGAAGAAAGUGGUAAAAAUCAAGUGGAAAGAAAAUGUCCUUGAAUUUGUAUUACAUGUAAUUACUCAUUUUUUCAUAAAGUUGUAUUUGUACAGUACGUUUUGCACAAUUAAUCCUAGCCAUUGGUUAAAGAUGUAAAAACAAUGAAGAUAGAGUUACUUCUUUUAUUUAUAACAAAUACACGAUGCAUGUGCGAGAAUUUUAUAAAUUUUAAUGUAUACAAAAUAUAUUAAAGUUUUUAUAAAGACCUACCUUAAAAGGUUGUGUGGUUUACAAUUAAAUAGUAGUUUCUACUCCACAGUUCUUUUGCCUUUGUACUUUCUUUAAACAUGAAAGAGUCUGUAUCUCGAUCAAAGUCAAUUUUUAUAAUAGAGUGUAAUUAUUCUUUUGUUCUGUAUAUACCCUGCAUGUAAGUAUAAGGCAGGUCUAGAAAACUAUUAAGAAAACAUGGCAUUUUUAAGUGAUUGUAAAUGAUACCAGGAAAUCAUUAAUCAUUCUUAAUAUUUUUUUCAUCUAAAGUCUCUCUCAUAUUGAUUUGUUAAUUUACUGACUUAUCAGAAUAUAGAAUAUAGAGGUUUGAAAAGGCUCUUGAAAUAAAUAUGAAAUAAUUAUCAAAACAUUUCUGAGAAUAUAAUUUUUCUUAUGACCCCUAUUAAAGGGUGUAUAUACCAAAUAUUUUAUUCAUGAUUAAUGAUCAAGUAUUAAUAAUGAUCACACAUAAAAGUAGACCUUUUCAUUUAUCCUGUUUUAGCUAUUCUGUAAAACUAUCUUUCUAAAAUAAAAAAAACUAUAACAAUAACUUUGUAUAUAAAGUAUUUAAUACAAAAUUUUAUAUCAAGUGGCCUGUCAAACAAUCUACAAAAUAAAAUAUUAAUAAUUUGCAAUGGAUAUUGAACAUUAUGUAUCUAUAAACAAGAAAAUUUUACAAAUGGUUGGAUUUUAUCCAAAAAAUAAAGUGAGGAGUCUUUUCUGUA